AUGAAGUUCACCACCACCGCCCUCACGGCCGCCAUCCUCGGCCUCGCCACCGCCGCCCCCGCCAACCCCCUCGAAAAACGCGUCGACUGCGUCGCCAACGCGGCCAUCAUCCGCAAAUGGAGCGAGGACGCGCUGCAGCGGUACCGCGUCGCCUUUUCCAUCACGCGGCCGGACGUCAACAGCGACGCGCUGGGGCAGUCGUGCGGCAACUUCGGCGGCGACGCCAUCACGCGCUGCAGCGCCAUCGACAACAACAUCUCGUGCUACUACAGCUCCGCCGACUCGAGCUGGGUCAUCGACAACAACCAGGUUGCGGGUGUGGGCGACAGUGUGGAGGAUUGCGUCAUUAGCGCCUUCAGGGACAAGUUGGCGGAUCAGUGGGGAUGCCACGUUUGA